GAAACCUGAUCUGCAUUGCCUGAAGGGGUGGAUCUGUACAAUGAAAGGUUUGUAAUCAAACUACGCUCCAAGCAUAUAAAUAUGCACAUGCUCUGUUGCACGCACACAAUCGACUCUUUCACACAGCGCUUUCACUAUGGGCUUCCGGGCUGCUGCAACCUGGUACCGCUGCCUCCCAGCGCUCUGCUCCGGGACAGCGCUUCGGGUCGCUCCGGUGCUCAGACCCGCACCCUUCGCUUCCAUCCCGGGCAGAAGAAACCUGAACGUGCAGACAGCAACUGAGGCGGUUAGGCUGAAGAGCAUUGAUGACUUACCGGGGCCCAGCCGGUCCACCAGUAUGUACUGGUUGUUGGUCAAAGGAUACGCGGAAAAGAUGCACUUACUGCAGGGCUUACAGAAGCGUCAGUAUGGGCCCAUCUGGCGCUCCAAGUUUGGCCCUUUUGACAUCGUCAAUGUGGCGACUCCUGACCUCAUUGGUCAAGUGAUCCAGCAGGAAGGCCGCUACCCAGUCCGAGUUGAGAUGCCCCACUGGAAGGAGUACAGGGAGCUGAGGGGCCAGGCCUACGGACUCCACGUAGAAACAGGACCAGAGUGGUAUCGCAUCCGCAGUGCCCUGAACCCCAAGAUGCUGAAGCUACAGGAGGUAUCGGUUUAUGCCUCCACCAUCCAGCAGGUGACUGGAGAUCUGCUGCAACGCAUUGAGCUCUUACGAGCUCGCAGUCAGGACCAAGCCACAGUUUUGGACGUGGCAGCUGAGCUCUACAAGUUUGGCUUUGAAGGUAUAUCCUCCAUCCUGUUUGAGACCAGACUGGGGUGCCUGCAGGAGGAGAUUCCCCAUGAGACUCUUCGCUUCAUCAAGGCUCUUAACGACAUGAUGACGUUUGCUGACAUGGUGCUUCUCUUCCCACGAUGGACCCGCAACAUCCUCCCCUUCUGGAAACGCUUUGUUCAGGCCUGGGAUGACCUCUAUGAAGUAGCUCAGAUGCUCAUCGACAGAAGAAUGGCUGAAGUUGAAGCUCAGGUGAGCAGGGGUGAGCCUAUAGAGGCCAUGUACCUGACCUACCUGCUGUCUUCUGGCAAACUGACCAAAGCGGAAGUCUACAUAAGUGCCACCCAGCUGCUGAGCUCAGGAGUAGACACUAUAACGUCCAACACCUUGUCGUGGGCUUUGUAUCACUUAGCGAGAGACAGCAGGGCUCAGGAUCGACUUUACAGCGAGGUGAAUUCGGUUUGCCCAGACAAGCGGGAGCCAACCAUGGAUGACCUGAGCAGGAUGCCCUUCCUGAAGGCCGUCAUAAAGGAGACAUUACGCCUGUAUCCAGUGGUUCCUGGAAACGGACGCUUUGUUUCGGAGAACGAGGUGAUUCUGGAUAACUACUGGUUCCCGAAGAAGACUCAGUUCCAUCUGUGCCAUUAUGAAGCCUGCCACGAUGAGUCCGAGUUCACAAAUGCUGAGCACUUCCUCCCAGAGCGGUGGUUUCGCAGUGACACGCCGAAUAGCCGCAGUGACAGAGCCAGGCCCGGCUUCUACCAGCAUAACCCUUACAGCUUCAUCCCGUUCGGUGUCGGGGUGCGAGCCUGUGUGGGGAAGAGGGUGGCAGAGAUGGAGAUGCACUUUGCUCUGUCCAGGCUGAUGCAGCAUUACGAGAUCCAGCCUGAAGAUGGUGCACCGACAGUGGAGGCCAAAACUCGGACGCUGCUCAUUCCCGCUAAGCCCAUCAACCUGCGCUUCCUCCCCAGAGUCUGAAGAUGGUGCCAGUGAUGGCAAGCAGCUCGUACAUUCACAAUAAAAGUGCUCCCAGAAGUUUCUUUCUCAGUGUAACUUUAGUUUGAGCAACAGGCUAAAACUGCACAGAGGUACAAAUGAGUAAUUAGAUAAAAAUUUAAGGCCAUUUCUGGUGUUUGCCAGUCUGGGUGUGGUGCAGUUACGCAUCUGAGCCUUAAUGGUGCAGAUUCCUGUCAGCAGCUGCAUUUAACAAAUUUCAGCAAUGAUGGUAGUGAGUAAAUCCUCAAGCCAGGUUGACACAUGCAGGGAUUUCUCUUUAGGAACACAUUUAAUGGGCACAUUUAUCAUUUUAAAGAAAUAAGCUCAUAAUUUAUCUACACAUUUAUCUUUAUAUGUAUUUCUUUAUAUUUCCUUAGCUAACGUCUGUUAUGGUCUUCCUUUAUUAUUUCAUAGUUGUUGUCAUUCUGUUUAGUUUUAGCCCUCUGGUAUAGUUCUGGAUUUUUCAGCAAGUAAAGGCAUGUUUUUUGUUUUUUAAACCUCCUUUAGGUUUGUGCAUGUGGCUCCUCAAUUUAUUAACCCAUAACAGAAUUUGCAAAACAGAUGUUAUUAGUUUUUAGUUACUACUCAAGUAUAACUUCUUUGCACUGUCAGAUCUGAGAGUACACUGGCUGUUAAAGCCGUUUAAACACAUUACUUUAUUUACUUUAAUUAACUUUUACCCUGACUUUGAGUUUGACAUUGACUUUGGCUAAAGUGAAUCUCUGAAGUCUUUGAUGAUGAACCAGUGAAGUGAAAUUCUCCCUUUAAAGUUUUUAAAGAUUUUAUUUGUGCAUGUAUUUACACACAAAAGAGCUGUUUUAUCUUUCAUAAACAUAUUUGUGCAGGAAGUAAUUUCAUAUUUUUCUUCCUCUUUCAGAGAAGCCAGAAAGAGAGAAAAAGGACUUCUCUGCAGAGUUUAGAUGUUCACACAAAAUUGAACCUAAUGCCCAAAUCUUGCCUUCUGCAUUAUAUAAUCACUGUAAUUGUAUAACAAUGAGUCCUAAUAUCACAGUGUGUGUGUGUGUGUGUGUGUGUGUGUGUGUGUGUGUG